AAAACACCCAACCGGAUGAUCAUAGCAAACAGUGCAGUCGGUACUGUGUUUGCGAAGGUGUACAGUGCGCGUCUCAUCACCAUGGCUAGUGGUUGUAAGAAUCCUUCGGUUGCUUGGAUAGUGUGUGUUGUCAUCGCCAGUUUGACAGCGAAAGGAUACGGCUGGAAUCUUCCUGCCUCGUACUACCAGGGAGCUGGUGGUGCAGGUGCUGGUGGUGGUUACUUUGGAGGUCGUGGCGAAAGCACUCUCAACAAUCAAGGUCUAGCUGGUGCGAGUGCUGGCUCGUGGAAUGCGGGUGGCGUUGGUGGUGGUGGUGGUUUCCCUAGCCAAGGCCAAACAGGUGCAGGAGCAUCCAGUGGCGUUGAUAGAGCGGCCAGCUUCGGAGGCAACCAGUGGAGUGCUGGUGGCGAUGGUAGAGGCCUCGGUGGAGGAGUCGCUCCCGGAGGUGUGUCAACUGGCGGCGGUGACCUUGGAGCAGGUGGAACAGGUUUUCAACAAGGAGGAACAGGUGCGGGAGUAGGAGGUAGUGGCUCUGGAGCUCCCUUAGGUGCAGGUUCUGGAAGUGGGUUCGGAUACAACGGCCAGGCGGGUGGUUUCGGUGGUUCCAACUUUGGCCAGGGUCAGUUUGCACCUCACAACACCAAUGGAGUAGCGUCUGGUGCUAGUGGCUUUGGAGGAUCUUUUGGAGGAUCUGGGGGCAAAUAUGGACCAAGUGGACAUCAUCACGGCUAUCGCCAUCCCACGACCUAUGCUGGUCGUCCAAUGACGCACGUAUAUCCGGUCAGUGGCUGGCCCUGGCACGGUGUUGGCUACGUUUAUCGUGUACCCGUCGCACACAUCAACCCGGACGGUAGCUACGGCUUCUCAUACUACACACCGCACUCGGCACGGGAUGAAACCGGACACGCCAAUGGCAACGUGGAGGGAACGUACGGGUUUCAGAACGAUGGUGCCAAGCAUAACUUUUCGUUUAACGCAGCGCCGGAUGUAGAUUUACGUUCAAGCAUCGGUGACACUCGCCUUGGUGGACUCAAUCCAGAUGAGUACGGGCCACAAUCGGUACACUCGCGGGGACGAUUGCCCCUGAUACCGGCAACAUCGUUUGAUGGAGCGGCUGAUGAGCAAACAAGAACAGCAGAUGGUUUGCCAGUGUCUGUAGAACAAUCAACUGGUGCGAACAGCUGGUCUACUAGGAGUGGCAUUGAUGGAGCAGGUUCUGAAGGUGGAUCUGAUGAUAGCUCCCUAUCUGUGGUUGGUUUACCGAAAGCAACGACCGAAGCAGGCGAUGCUUCCCAGCCUACUGCUCGCGAUCAAGUAGUGCGUGGAUCGACGGAACACAGUGCUAACGAGUUGGAUGGUCGCAGGUUAGGAGGAUUCGACGGAACAGCAACAACCGUUCGCCCUCUAGGUGGAUCAGUUGAACAAGUGGGUGCACUUCCUGUAAAUGAUGUUCCCUCGUACAGUAAUGAGAUUGAUCGAAACGGUGUGCAAUACAAUGGUGGAGUUGGCAAUGUUCCAGUUGAUCGAUCGUACCAGUUUGGCUACCAAACACCGGACGCAACGCGCGAAGAAUCGGCCGAUCAAGCGGGCAACGUGCGUGGAUCGUUUUCGUACAACAAUGAGGCAGGUCGUAAUGAUCUCCAGUAUGUGGCCGGAACAGGGAUGGGAUUCCGCCCAACCGGAGGUAGUCUAUCCGUACCGAAUGGUUUGCCUGGAGACAAUGGACAACGAUUCGGUCCGGCCACUGGUGCUGGUGGAGUGUUUGGAGUUGACGGAGGCCGUUCUCUUGGGGCUGGAAGUCAAGGAGCUCAAGUCGGUGGUGGAUUAGGCGGUGCCUUUGGUGGAUCUGAUGCAGGAUUUGGAGGUGAUGGAAGAUCUGUAGCUACUGGAGACCAAGGAGCACCACUUGGCGGUACAGCAGGAUCUGGAUUUGGGAUGGACGGAAGGUCUUUAGCGUUUGGCAGCCAAGGAUCACAGCUUGGUGGUGGAGUUGGUGGAGGAUUUGGAACAGGAGCGGGCAAUGGGUUUGGAGCUGAUGGAAGGCCUCUAGGUUCCGGUACUGGCGAUGGAGUUGAUGGAAGAGGUUUCGGAUCACAACCAGGUGGAGGGUUUGGAGCAGGAUCUGGUGCUGGUUUUGGAGCUGAUGGAAGACCAUUAGGCUUUGGCAAUCAGGGAACACAGACUAGCACAGGAUCUGGUGCUGGUUUUGGAGCCGAUGGAAGACCAUUGGGCUUUGGCAAUCAGGGAACACAGACUAGCUCAGGAACAGGAUCUGGUUUUGGAGCCGAUGGAAGACCAUUAGGCUUUGGCAAUCAGGGAACACAGACUAGCUCAGGAACAGGAUCUGGUGCUGGUUUUGGAGCCGAUGGAAGACCUUUAGGCUUUAGCAAUCAGGGAACACAGUCCGGUGGUGAUGGAGUUGGUGGUGCGUUUGGAACAGGAUCGGGCUCUGGUUUUGGGGCUGGUGGGUUUGGAAACCAAGGAGCAUCUGGAGCUGCCUUUGGUGCUGACCGAAGACGUUUAGGCUUUGGAAAUCAAGGCAUCCAGUUCGGAGCAGGUGGAAAUGGUGCGUCCUUCGGAGGUUCCGAUGGAAGAUCGUUCGGAUUCGGCAACCAAGGUGGACAAGGCUUUGCCACAGCCGAUAGAGGAUUGCAAGCAGCAACUACCCGUAAUCCAGUCACUAGAAGUCCCUCCGCCGGAUCAUUCGAUGGAUCCGGAUUAAGCUCUGCAGAUGAAGGUGAAGAAAGCACUACACUAAACGCUCCAGACGAUUCAGAACAAAGGAACACGUUCGGUGGCUUUGGAGAUGUAUCUCGAGCCGGUCUCUUUACGAACGCAAACCGUCGCUUGGUACAGUGAACUAUGUAAAAACUAAUAAAAAGGCUCUUUGGGAUUGUAUAAUUUGGAAAA